UUUCAUCGUAAAACAAGCUGCAUUGCUUGUUCAUUAAAUUUAAUUAAUUUAUUUUAUUUGAAGCGUAGAAAAAUGGCAUUUCAAUUGCCCACGACAACUGCAGCGAGCGCGCCCAGCUUUUCGUUCGGCUUGAACACCGCACCAGGAACUGUUAAUACCGGCGCCGCAGUUCCCGCCAAACCGGCCACAUUUUCAUUUGCCGCACCAUCGCAAGCGGCUAAUGCAGGCGGUGGCGAUGCGGACGCCACAAAAUCGGCAGCGCCGCCACCGUUUGGCGGCUUCGGUUUGUCGGUAACACAAUCGGCACCAGGCCUGUCAAAUCCACUCACGGGCCUUGGCGGCGGUGGACUCGGUGCAGGCGCUGCGCCAACAGCAGUGGGUGCAGCCGCACCAGCCGCUGCAGCAGCGGCCGCCUUUGGGGGAUUUAUGGCCCAGCCGGCGGCGGCGGCUGCAUCUGUCACCACAACAACAGCAGCAGCCACAACAGCCAAUCCACUCGGCGGCGGCGGCCUCUCGCUGGGAUUGACCACGACACCCAAAAGCACAACAGCCAUUGCACCGGUCGCAGCCGCCCCUGUAGCCUCACUCGCUGGCGCAGCACCUGCCGCUGGAGCUGGCACUUUUGCAAACUUGUCCACAGCGACCAAGACUACAGAUUCGUCAACGGUUGCGAAUGCUACACAAUUGUCGUACAAUCAGCUCGAGGAGCACAUCAACAAGUGGACGCUGGAAUUUGAGGAGCAGGAGAAGGUCUUCACCGAGCAGGCAACGCAGAUAAACGCCUGGGACAAACUGCUCAUUGGCAACAAUCAGAAAAUCAUCGAGCUGAAUGAUGCCGUGCAAAAGGUGAAGAACGAUCAACAGGUGCUCGAUCAGGAGCUGGAAUUCAUUGCCACACAGCACAAGGAGCUGGAGGAGAGUCUGGCGCCGCUGGAGAAGGAAUUCACAAGCUUGCCGCGCGUGGAUCAGGAACGCAGUCAGACCUAUCUGAUGGUCGAGAAUCUGGAUACGCAGCUCAAGCAGAUGUCCGAGGAUCUAAAGGAGGUGAUUGAUAAUCUGAACGAGGCCAACAAGGGCCAGGACAACACGGAUCCAAUCAUACAAAUUGGCAAGAUCCUCAACGCGCACAUGAACUCCCUGCAAUGGAUCGAAUCGCAGUCCACGCACAUCUGCAAGAAGCUCGACGACAUUGGCAAAAUACACGAGUCCCAAAAACGCGACAUCUUUCGCGCUCCAUAUUAAAUCUGAAUAAAAAAUCAUUUGUAUUUGUUAUUAACAAUUGUAUGUAUACAGUAAAAGUUCACCUAACGAACUGG